AUGCAGCUCAUCCUGGGUGUGCAUCAAAAGCAGCAUAAGGCUCAAAAAGCAUAUGCCGAGGGUAAAUGGAAAACCAGACGGGUGACAGAAUACAUAUUUCUGGAAUUCUCAAAACAUCCUGCACUGCUGACAUUAUUCUUUCUGGUAUUUUUGCUUAUUUACACCAUUAUCCUUGUGGGGAACAUUAUGAUCAUUAUGAUAAUCACAGGUGACUCUGGUCUUCACACCCCUAUGUACUUUCUUCUCUGUAACAUGUCCCUCAUAGACCUCUUCUAUACAUCCACUACUAUCCCUAAAAUGUUGGUGAAUUUCCUCCACGAGACAAAGACCAUUUCCUGUGCUGGGUGUAUGGCACAAAUCUUUUUUCUCAUUACAUCAUCUGGUUCAGAACGGGUCUUCUUCACCACCAUGGCUUAUGAUAGAUACAUUGCUAUAUGCCCCCCCUUGCUUUAUACAGUCACUAUGAACAGGAGAGUCUGUCUACAGCUGGCUGCUGGAUCCUGGGCAUGUGGCUUUCUAAAUUCGCCCUUCCACUCUCUUCUGAUGUCUGCUCUGUCAUUUUGUCGGCUAGAUGGUAUUAGCCAUUUCAUGUGCGACGUGCGCCCUCUUUUGGAGCUGUCCUGCACUGGUACUGCCCUGAACAAAGCUGUUCUGCAUGCAGCCAUUGUGUUCAUUGGCAUCAGACCCUGCUUCUUCACUGUGGUUUCCUACAUCUGCAUCAUCCAAGCCAUCCUCCAAAUCUACUCCACUGAGGGCAGACACAAGGCCUUCUCCACCUGUACCUCCCACCUUACCAUCCUUGUUAUGUAUUACAGCAUGGCUCUGUUUAAUUAUAACCAGUCCCGCUUGGGCUACUCGCUGGGUAUAGACAUCCUGGUCUCUGCUCUGUAUUGCAUUUUAAUGCCCUGGCUAAACCCCAUCACGUACAGCCGAUGGAAUCAGGAGGUGAAAGGCAGCUCUGGGGAAAACAGUCAAUGGAAAACAUGCUUCUCAACGAACAUGAGACAUUGGCAGGGAUUAUAA